AUGACUACAUCAUCUACAGAUUAUGAUAAUAGAGAAGAUUAUGAGCAUACAUUUAUUGAUGCUUUGGACAACUCUACUAAGAUUCCACCAACAGCUCCGUCCAUUUGUAAAGACGUUCUGUGUGUUUUCCUGGCAACGGUCGGUGUCAUCAUCUUCAUCCUGGGUAUCGUCGGGAACAGUCUGGUCAUCUAUAUUGCCGGGUUUAAGAUCAAGAAAUCAGUCAACACCAGCUGGUACCUCAGCCUGGCUGUAUCCGACUUCCUCUUUUGUGCCUUCUUGCCCUUAAACAUCGUCUACUUGGUCCAAAAAGUCUGGCUCUUCGGCCGCUUCAUGUGCAAGUUCACGUCCUUCAUCUUGCUCCUCAACAUGUUCAGCAGCAUCUUCCUCCUGGUCAUCAUCAGCGUGGACCGCUGCGUAGUGGUCAUGUUCCCCGUGUGGGCGCAGAACAAGCGCAGCCUCGGCAAAGCCUCGGUCGUCAUCGCGCUGGCUUGGAUCCUCUCGGCGGCGCUGAGCUCGCCCGCCGCCGUUUUCCGAGAGGUUUCCGAGCCGCAUCAAAAAUGUCACUACGACUACAGUGAAAAGCAGCACAUUGUCAUGGUGAUAUCCCGAUUCACAUUCGGAUUCGUGAUCCCGUUCCUGGUCAUUUCCGCCUGUUACGUGGUCAUCAUCCGGAAACUGAGGAGCAACCAGAUGGCGAGAUCUACCAAACCGUUCAAAGUCAUGACGCUCCUGAUCGUCGUUUUUUUCCUCUGCUGGCUGCCCUACCACAUCUUUAAUCUCAUGGAACUGAUCGAGACACAUAGGGACAUUCUUCACAUCGUGAUUCCAAUCGGAACCACUCUGGUCAGCUCCGCCAGCUUCCUCAACCCGUUCCUGUACGCGUUCAUGGGGAAGGACUUCAAGAAGAAAUGUUACGCGAUCCUGUCCAAGAUCGAGAACGCGAUCGAGGAGGAGGACAGGAGCUCGGCCCGGGGAACGUCUUUUACCAACACGGGGGGAAAAUAUUCAACUAUUGUUUAA